AAAUAUUUUCAAAAUCUCGGCGAUAUUGGUCACCCCGGAUGCCAGUUGCGAAUGAAGCAUCCUCCCUCUUCUUUUGCACUGUUGCCGCUGCUGGAGGGAAAGCUUAAGAAGAAACAAAACUGGGAGAACGCUCCUCCAUCUAUCCAUUCAAUUAUUUGCUGUUGGAAAGAGAAAGAAACAUAGCAAAAGAGAGAGCCGAAUGGGCGAGGAAGGAAUUGCCUCUUUCAGUAAGAAUGUGGAAGAAGAAGUAGAAAAGAAAGAGGCAGGCCGUACUCCCCUCAAUCUCUCCUUCACCAAUCGCCACGGAAAUCUAAAGACCGCUCCGACCGAUCGCCAUCUCAAAGACCUCCUUCAUCACAUCAAAACUUCCAAGACCCCUGCAGUCAUCAACUAUGGUGCAUCUUGGUGCCGUGUUUGCAGCCAGAUCCUUCCUACUUUCUGUGAGCUGAGUAACGAAUUCCCAAAGCUAUCAUUUUUAUAUGCAGACAUUGAUGAAUGUCCUGAAACUACACAGAAUAUACGUUACACACCCACUUUCCAUUUCUUCCGAGAUGGCGAAAGGGUUGAUGAGAUGCUUGGUGCUGGAGAAGAAAGGCUGCAUGAUCGAUUAUGGCUGCAUUCUUAAAAACAGGUUUCAGCUAUAAUGUAGAUUCUUUUUUUCUGUGAACGAUACUCUUGAAUGUGCUUCUUGAGUUGUAUAGCAUCGAGUCUGUAUUGUGUUGAGCACUAUAAAUUACAAUGCUCCUGGUUGCAACUAUCACUGGAACAGUCCAAUCGAUAGAUCUGAACUAUCUAUUUUGUCCAGAUCACUUUUUAUGUGGCACUAUGCAAAAAUCUCACUGAUCAGAUGAUCAAAUCCAUUCCUGAUCUGCCUUGCUUUUGAGGGUUGUUUGGUUGUUGGGGAAUUCAUUCACUGAUUUUGUGUUUAUUGAGAAAUAUUAGAAUUGGCUUAAUAUUUUCUAGGGAACAAUUAAAUAUUGUUUGGUUGAUAGACUGGGUUUUCUGAUGAA